GGAGAGAAAGUGAAAGAGAAAAGAAGAAAAGGGGGGAAAGAUGGACAUUUUGAGAGAAGAUGUUGUAGUGAUAAGUCCAGCAGAAAAAGCAGGGGAUUCCACUGUGAUAUCAGUGAAUUGCCCUGAUAAGACUGGGUUAGGCUGUGAUUUGUGUAGGAUUAUUUUACUCUUUGGUUUAAGCAUUGCUAGAGGAGAUUUUUCAACAGAUGGGAAAUGGUGCUACAUAGUGCUUUGGGUGGUUGGGAAAACAAAAACACGGUGGGAUUUACUGGAAAAAAGGCUAUUGGAAGUGUGUCCAUCAUAUUUUUCAACAUCUGGGAUCAACUAUUACAGAUAUGCAAACCAGCAGUCAAAGCCAUUGAAUGUGUUUCUUCUGAAGUUUUGGUGUUCAUCUGAUAGGAAAGGACUAUUACAUGAUGUAACUCGGGUCCUUUUUGACCUGGAGCUUACGAUAAAGAGAGUGAAGGUAUCCACCAUUCCAGAUGGAAAAGUGAUGGACCUCUUUUUCAUCACUGAUACCAGGGAGCUUCUUCAUACAAAAGAACGACAGGGUCAAACAAUUCUUCACUUGAAAAGUGCACUAGGUGAUAUAUUGGAAAGUUGUGAGAUUGAAUCAGUUGGCCCAGAAAUAACUGCAUGUUCACAAGGCACUUCAUUUCUUCCUUCUGCAAUCACAGAAGACAUGUUCAGUUUAGAGCUGCCUGCUGAACGAUAUCCCGGUGGAUUACUUGCCUCAAACCCCAUAUCAAUUACAGUGGAUAACACCCUUAGCCCUUCCCACACGCUUAUUCAAGUCCUCUGCCAGGACCACAAAGGUCUAAUAUAUGAUAUCAUGAGAACCCUCAAGGACUACAAUAUCCAGGUUUCUUAUGGAAGAUUCUUUGCGAACGGAAAAGGUGGGUGUGAGUUAGACUUCAUAGUUCAAGCCGAUGGCAAGAAGAUUGUUGACCCCAAAAAGCAAGAUGCAUUAUGCUCUCGUCUGAGGAUGGAGCUUUGGCGUCCUCUUAGACUGGCAGUGGUGAGCCGGGGCCCUGACACUGAGCUACUUGUAGCAAACCCUGUUGAAUUGUCCGGCAGAGGCCGGCCUCUUGUUUUUCAUGACAUAACCCUUGCUCUCAAGAAUCUCAACACCCAAAUCUUUUCGGUUGAGAUAGGGAGACACAUGAUCUGCGAUCGCGAAUGGGAAGUAUACAGGAUCCUACUUGACGAAGGAGACAGUUAUACUGUGCCAAGGAAUAAGAUUGAGGAGGGUGUUAGAAAAAUGUUAAUGGGAUGGGAAUAGAUUAAGAUCAGUAAAUCUGCCUAGAAGCCUUCAGCUCGCCAUAGCCAGUGUACAGCAUAUCUUUUUUAGUCUUUGUUACUAGCUAGAUAUCAGCGGUAAGUUGGAAAGUAGCCUUAAAAGAAAUGAAAAGAUGUUUUCCUUCUCAAAAAAAGGAAAAGAAAAUUGCCAGGAUUUUUUGUUUCCCCUUUGUGCAUAGCCGAGCAGUUGAAGCUCCAGGGUUCAGUUUAUGUGAUCAAAUAUAGCAGCAAUUACUUUUAGAACAACCAGACGAGGCUGGAUGUAGUUCGGGAUAGUAGAAAGGAUUGUAAGUGCUAAGAUUUAAAAGUCGUACGGUCAGUGGCUUCCAAAAUUGAGUGUUUUGGUAGAAAGCAAACUCUUCGUAACUGGUGGAGUGAACCAAUUCAACGAUGUCUAAGAAUUUCAUGUACUAGCCAGUAAAUAUUUUAUUUUCAUAUUGAAAUGAA